CUCCUGCUGUGAGUUAAUUUCUGAAGACCACCUGUUGACAAUGAAGUUUCCAGAACAAGAGCCUGCUUUUGUCACCUGCUGUCAUCAAACACACACAGCCACCUCUUAAAACACCAGCCCUUCUACCCAGCAUACUUAUUGCCUUAUUGCUGCCAUUCCACUGUAUCAGCAAAUCCUGAAACUUUAUCUACCUGCUCGACACUUGCCCAGGUGCUUCAUCCUCAGCUCCUCCAGUUUUCAUUUGUUUCCCUUCAGAGAACCUCCAUUCCCAAAUGAUGCGGACGGACAGCAAAGGCCGAAGUGCCUCCCCGCACAGGAUAACCUACAAGUCUGACUUCCACGCCAUCAAGUGCUCAUUUGACACUGGGAGCAGCCUACAACCAGGGACCAAAGCUGCUGCUGCCCAACGCUCUGCUGUUCACUCAACCAGGCUGCCAACCAGCCUGUCAGAUUCUAUGAUGUCGCACACCAGCACCAGCACCAGUGCCAGCACAGGCAGCAGAGGGAGGGUUCACAGCACCAGGGGGACCAAGAUCAGAGACAACAUCUUCCUGCAAAUGGACAGCCAGCAGCUGAAACAAGAAGGUGGUUCGGCGCAGAGUUUUGGCUCCACACCCCUCCUUCCUCCCCAUAAUCCUAGCCCCCAGCUCCAAACUUCACCUUUCUCUGGAUCCAGACGCUCAGUCGUCACUUCCUCGUCUGUUCUGAGCACCGUGGCCAACAUUUCUCCUCCAGAAUCUUCUCUGCAAGAUAAACCGUGCAGAUCGGAGGAGAUAGUGGACAUCGACAGAGCUGCUCUGGCUCAGAAGUUCUCUGUAACCCGGAGGUUGUUUGAGGCCAAGGUGAUGGAGGUUGAAGGUGGCGGUGGGCAGGUUUCAAAAGGAGGCAAGGGGAUGGCAGAUGGGAAAGAAGAAGAAGAAGAAGAAGAGGGGAGAGGAGGUCAGAUGGAAGAAGAAGAAGAGACAAGUGGGAAAUUGAAGCAUACGGAGAAGGAUAGCUCUGAUAAAGACAAAUCCAUAAACCUACCCAUCAUAAAUAGUUCUUUGCCAAAGCUGCCAGACCAGGCCUCGCAGACAAGGCCCUUUAAAUCUAUUGUAUCAGAUGGCCCCGGUAAAGCGUCCAACACGUCUCCCUCCUUUCCUGACAAACAUGGUCAAACCACAGGAUCACAAACAGAGGAAAAAAGGGCGGAAAGCACAACUCUCGACCUCUGUUUGACCCCUGAGCAACCAGUGAGAGCAGAACUAGUUGACGUGAAGAACGAGUCGUCAGAGAGCGAUGAGAAUGAAGAAGAAAAGGAGCGGAAGGAGGCCAGAAAGUGGCUUAACGACGAGAGGGGAAAGCACAUGAACAAAGUUGCAGGAGAAAGAGUGCAGGACCUCGUGGAUGAUGUGUUUGUAGAGUCCGGUGCUGAAACGACACCACAUACGCUGGAAAACGGAGUGGAACUAAGAGCACGAGACGGUAGGCCAGCUGUUCCCUCAGAAGAACACCAGAAGGAGUUAUCAGCCACCAUGUCAUGUACAAGAGAGACUACGGAUGACAGGGAAGGUGGAAGAGACAAGUAUCGGCAGGUGAAUGAACAAUGGGAGGGGCAGAGCAGACAGUUCACUGCAGGGGCUGGGAAAUCAACAGGAAAGGGGGACUACAGGGAGAAAAAGACACAUGCAGGAGUGAAAGAGGGAGGCAUGAUGCAAGAGGAGGACAUUGACGAGGACGUUGAGUCGUACAGUGUGGGAAAGAGGAAAGGUGGAGUAGAGGAAUGCAAACAAAGUCAAGAGGAGGAAAGAACUGAAUCCGAGCUGCAGGAGGAGCAUGCCAACAAGGAGGUCAAGCAUGAGGAGUGCAGGGAGGGCAGUGAUGGAAAACACGAUGCAGGAAGAGGUGAAGAGGACCAGACAGGAGCUGCAGUUAUCUGUGGGAUUGAGAACGAGGCCUUCGUGUACGAGCAGGAAUCCCACCCUCACCCAGAGCAUUCACCAUCACCAGGACAGGAAUGGGAAAACUCCCAACAACAGCUUUUAUUGGAAUAUGAGGAAAUUCCCGGCGUGCCUGAAGUGGCUGAUCAGGAGGAUGAGGAUGAGGAUGAGGAUGCAGUGGAAGUUGAAAGGAAGAGAAAGGUCAGGUUCUCCUCAGCACCAAUCAAGGUGUACUGCACUUAUUCCAAUGCAGAGUACGACAGACACAAUGAGGAUAUUGACCCUGUGUCUGCCUCGGCUGAGUAUGAGCUGGAGAAGAGAGUAGACAGGAUGGAUGUCUUUCCAGUGGAGAUAGAAAAGGGAGACGAGGGGCUGGGCAUCAGUAUCAUAGGAAUGGGUGUAGGAGCCGACCAGGGACUGGAAAAACUGGGAAUCUUUGUCAAGACAGUCACUGAAGGGGGAGCAACACAAAAGGAUGGAAGGAUUCAUGUGAAUGACCAGAUAGUGGAGGUGGACGGGGUGAGUUUGGUUGGAGUCUCCCAACUGUUUGCAGCCACAGUCCUCAAGAAUACAUCGGGCCUCGUCAAGUUUUUGAUUGGCCGAGAGAAGGAGGGGGUGGAGAGCGAGGUGGCACGGCUGAUCAAUGAAAGUCUGGAAAUGGAUAAAACAUCCAGGAAGAGAGGAAGAGCAGGCAGGGAUGAAUGUACUGAUAGUAGCAUGUCAGAGAGGGGCUCAGUGGCCGAGGAAGAGGAGGAAGUCGAGGAGGAGGAGGAGGAUGAGGAGGAUGUGUCUGUUCUUUCCAGCCUGGACAGUUACCAGCUCUGCCUCAAAUACCAGCAGCUUCAGUCAAAACUACGAAGCAGAGCAGCCCAACUUCACCACGCUAGAGAAAAGGUAGGUCACUCAGCUGAGAUUGAGAUCUCUCUCUCACACACACACACACACGCACACACAAACCAUUAA